AUGGCGGAGGGACGUGGCGAGAUUCCGCCGCUUCAGCCGCCUCUCCAGCUUUUCUCGCCACCGGCCAGCAAGCGGCCGUGCCUGCGUCCUGCUCCGCGCGGGCCUGGACCAGGGCCCGGGCCGGGGUUUUCGGGUGCGCGUCUUCGCUGCCCGGAGUCGCUGCUGGACUGCGCGGCCAAGGCCGUGGCGGAGAAGUGGGCCUUCGAACGGGUAGAGGAGCGCUUCGAGAGGAUUCCCGAACCGGUGCAGAGGCGCAUAGUUUUCUGGUCUUUUCCCAGGAACGAACGGGAGAUAUGCAUGUACUCGUCGUUUCAGUGCCGAGCCGCGGCGGAGGAGACACCCGGUGCGUCUUCGGCCGCGUCCGCUGGAUCGUCCGCGGGUGCCGGAGCCGCGUCUGCUCCGGCAAGCGGCUCUGCGGCUGCGGGCACGAACGGAGGAGCUGACGGACUGCCUUUUCGCAGAGGGAUCCGCCUUUUGGAAAUGGGAUGCGUGGAAAACGUCCUGCAAGUCGGUUUCCACCUGAGCGGAACGGUAACGGAACCCGCCACGCAUUCGGAGCCCGAGGUGACGCACCGCGUGGCCAUCAGCUUCGACCGCUGCAAGAUCACGUCGGUAACAUGCGGCUGUGGCAACCGCGACAUCUUCUACUGCGCCCACGUGGUGGCGCUCUCGCUCUACAGGAUCCGCCGGGCCGAGCAGGUGAAGCUGCGGUUGCCCAUCUCGGAGACGCUCUUCCAGAUGAACCGCGACCAGCUGCAGAAGCUGGUGCAGUAUCUGAUCACCGCCCACCACACCGAGGUGCUGCCCACCGCGCAGAAGCUGGCCGACGAGAUCCUGUCCUCCAACUCCGAGAUCAACCAAGUGCACGGGGCCCCGGACCCCACCGCAGGAGCCAGUAUCGAUGACGAUAACUGCUGGCACCUGGACGAGGAGCAGGUGAGGGAGCAGGUGAAACAGUUCCUCUCACAGGGGGGAUACUACGGUUCCGGCAAGCAGCUCAACUCCAUGUUCGCCAAGGUGCGAGAGAUGCUGCGAAUGCGAGAUUCGAACGGCGCCCGCAUGCUCACCCUGAUCACCGAGCAGUUCAUGGCCGACCCGCGGCUCUCGCUCUGGCGGCAGCAGGGCACGGGCAUGACGGACAAGUGCCGGCAGCUUUGGGACGAGCUGGGUGCAUUGUGGGUGUGCAUCGUGCUCAAUCCUCACUGUAAGAGCGAGGAGAAGAGCGUCUGGCUCAAACAGCUGAAGAAGUGGAGCGACAUGGACAUCUGCCCGCUGGAGGACGGAAACUACGGCAGCGAGCUGCCAAACAUCACCAAUGCCCUGCCCCAGAGCAACCUGGCACAUGACUCGCUGGCCAGGCCGAGGAGGACGGUGUUCACCCGCGCCAUGGAAGCGUGCGACCUACACUGGCAGGACAGCCACCUACAGCGAAUCAUCAGCAGCGAUUUCUACGUCUCGCCCGCCUACCAGAGAGAGGGCGAGAGUCUGCUCUUCAACCCGCAGGGCCUGCCGCUGUGGCUGGAUCACGUGCCUACCGCGUGCGCCAGGGUGGAUGCCCUGCGCUCUCACGGAUACCCCAGAGAAGCCCUGCGCCUGGCCGUGGCCAUCAUCAACACCCUCCGGCUCCAGCAGCAGCGACAGCUGGAUAUUUACAAACACCAGAAGAAAGAGUUGCUCCAGAGGGGAAUGACCAGCACCACUAAUCUGGAGGGCUGGGUGGGUCACCCGCUCGACCCCAUCGGCUGCCUUUUCGCCACCCUCACCGAGACGUGUAGAGUGGAGGACGACAACGCCAUGGAUACCGGAGAUUCGGGAGAGCCCAAGCCUCCGGUGUACCAGCACGUGCCCGUGUGGGGCUGUCCGGACACCAGCGAGUCGUAUCUGGCCCUGGCGCUGGAGGUGGCGCUCUUGGGCAUGGGGCAGCAGAGACUAAUGCCCGAAGGACUGUACGCCCAGGACAAGGUGUGUCGCAACGAGGAGCAGAUCGUGGCCAAGCUGCAGGAGCUGGAGCUGGACGAGCUGCUGGUUCACACACUCCGCAAACAAGCCAUGCUUCUACUGGAAGGUGGUCCGUUCAGUGGUCUGGGGGAGGUCAUCCAUCGAGAGAGCGUCCCCAUGCACACCUUCGCCAAGUACCUGUUCACAGCACUUCUAACCCACGACGCUGAUCUGGCCUACAAGAUUGGCCUGCGUGCCAUGAGGCUGCCCGUAUUGGAGUCCACAGCGCCGUCCGGUGACGUGGGUCACCCGCACCACGGCAUCUCCAUCGUGCCCAGCAGAUACCCACGCUGGUUCACGCUGGGUCACCUGGAGUCCCAGCAGUGCGAGCUGGCGUCGACCAUGCUGACCGCAGCCAAGGGAGACAUGCUGAGGCUGCGGACCGUCCUGGAGGCCAUCCAGAAGAACAUCCACUCCUCAUCGCUCAUUUUCAAACUGGCACAGGACGCCUUCAAGAUCGCCACGCCCGCCGACAACCCGCCGGACAUCACCCUGCUCAACGUGGCGCUCGAGCUCGGCCUGCAGGUGAUGAGAAUGACCCUGUCCACUCUGAACUGGAGACGGCGGGAGAUGGUGCGCUGGCUGGUCACCUGCGCUACUGAAGUCGGUCUGAGGGCGCUGGUGAGCAUCCUGCAGAGCUGGUACACCCUGUUCACUCCCACGGAGGCCACGAGCAUCGUAGCGGCGGCGGUCAUGUCCCACGGCACGGCGCUCCGCCUCAGCCUGGACUACGGUCAGCGCGAGGAGCUGGCCAGCUGCGCCCGCACGCUGGCCCUGCAGUGCGCCAUGAAGGACCCGGCCAACUGCGCCCUGUCGGCGCUGACGCUCUGCGAGAAGGAGCACGUGGCCUUCGAGACGGCCUACCAGAUCGCCGUGGACGCCGCCGCGACGGCCAUGACGCACGCUCAGCUGUUCACCAUCGCGCGGUACAUGGAGCACCGCGGCUACCCUCUGCGCGCCUUCAAGCUGGCGUCGUUGGCCAUGGCGCACGUCAGCCUGGCGUACAACCAGGACACUCACCCGGCCAUCAACGACGUCCUGUGGGCGUGCGCGCUCAGCCACUCGCUGGGCAAGAACGAGCUGGGCGCCAUGGUGCCUUUGGUGGUGAAGGGCGUGCGCUGCGCCACCGUGCUCUCGGACAUCCUGCGGCGCUGUACUGUAACCGCACCCGGCCUGGCGGGCAUUCCCGGACGCCGCAGCUCGGGGAAGCUGAUGAGCACGGACAAGGCGCCUCUGCGCCAGCUGUUGGACGCCGCCAUCGGCGCCUACAUCAGCACCACGCACUCGCGCCUGACGCACAUCAGCCCGCGCCACUACGGCGAGUUUAUAGAGUUCCUGGGCAAGGCACGGGACACAUUCCUGAUGGCACACGACGGCCACGUGCAGUUCGCCCAGUUUAUCGAUAACCUCAAGCAGAUCUACAAGGGCAAGAAGAAGCUCAUGAUGCUCGUCCGGGAGCGUUUCGGCUGACGGAUCAAAAUAAAAACAGACACAAACACUCCCUCCUGGUUUAUUUAAGGCAUUAUUAUUAUUUCCUCCUGUAUAUUCCUGUCAGUCUGAAUCUGAAUUGUGAAUUUAUUUUUCUUCGUCUGUUAUGAUUUGCAGUACGUUCACCUGUGGAGGCCAGAACGACCGCUCGUUUUGGCUCACGCUCGCUUUUUAUUUCGUUACGCACGUCGCAAAGUGGCACAUAAAGAAAAACCAAAAGACAGGUGGAGCAUUUUGAGCCUUUUCCAUCGACCGUCUUGAUCGGCGGUCGUUCAUUAUUCCUUAUUUUCCUGCAAGGAGCUGCAGAGCUCAGACCAGUCAUUCCGAAUAAUAAUAAACAAUACACACGCACACACACACACUUACAUGCAGUGUUACGGGCAUACCUCAGUCGUAUUAAGAAACAGCUUUAACGGGGGCGAAGACGACACCUCACUUCUCUCUCUUAGAAUUUUCGUUUCCUAUGUGAACGAUUUCCUGUCAAACUAAACAUAAUCGUACCUCAGUGCAACCGAGAAAUCGGCACAGAUCAUGAUGAAUCUCUAGUCUGAUUUCAGUAGUCUGUAGUCCAUAAGACUUCGAGCGCUCCAGUUCGAAUCUUAGUUCUGCUAUCACCUGAUUGGCUGUGUGAUGACUAAAACUCGGACCAUUGUUGGUGUAAGUGUGGCCUCUGCUGACCGGUUGAGGCGCCGGCGCUCUGUGAGGUCUCGCCCCUAACGUUAAACGUGGCAUUAAAGUAAUUAUUGUGAUUUGUUUUCAUAAAAUGAGGUUUUAAUUACUUAAGGUUCAUGAUUUAAAAGCGGGAUUGAUGCCGUUCAAGUGGCGCAGUGGUAAAAACACACUAGCAUACCAGAGCUGGGAUCUCAAAUACAUCGUAUCGAGUCUCAGCUCUGCCAUCCGGCUGGGCUGAGCGGCCACAUGAACAACGAUUGGCCUGUUGUUCAUACAGGGGUGGGAUACUAAGCCGGAUAGGGACUCCUCGUAACUGAUGCAACUACGACCUCUGCUGGCUGGUUGAUGGCACCUGCACAGAGGUGGGAAAAGAGUGCGGAUCAGGGUGCGUCUCUCCGUACACAAGUGUAGGUGAUGAGAUGCAUACGGCUGCUGCCCACGUGUCGAAGGGGGCGUGGGUUAGCUUCGUUCUCCUCAAAUCAGAGCGGGGGUCGGCAUUAGCGGAAGGGAAGCGUGACGCAAUUGGGAAAUUGGACGCGCUAAAAAGUCGGGAGAAAUGCAUUAACAAAAAUAUAUAAUAGACAGAAACAUAAUGCCUAUUUCUUGCCAUUAAAUGACACAUAUGUGUUAAAUAUGGCAUUAAACCCAAAUAAAAGAAUAAAUAAAAGCGAGAUUGUGCUUCCAAAAGCUAAACUACGAUCGCGGUGACGUGGUGGAUUUACGAAUACAAUUUUCAAAAUACCAAUCUGAUGAUUUGAGCUACGUGGUUGUAAUAUUAUUAAAUCUGUUACGAUAUUCAGAUUUGUGCACAUGCAAAAUUCUCAGUGCAUUUACGUACAGUUAUUUUUGACAGGAAACCGAACUAUAAAUCGAUAAAUAGCCAAACUAAGAACCCCAGACCUUGGUUAAUAUAUAUAAACAUUUAUAAAUAGUUAGUGAGAGUCACAGUUUCACACCUGAGAACAAAAAGUCGUUUCCUUCUCCGCCUGAACUCAAACUUUAUUUAUUACUCAUUAUUUCUUAAUUAAGGGAUUGAAAAAUGGUUCUUCCCAGUUUUUAUUUUGGUGGGGGAGGAAAAAGGUGGACAGCUAUUCUAAAGUUAGGCGUGUUUAUGCAAGCAUGGAUUACGACGUUAUUACGAUAUAUUUUACUAUCGAAGAGACGGCUUUCUCCCCAGAGCGAUUCCAAAUUUGGUCCGAAUGUUGUUUGGUGAGCAGAACUGUGGUGCGUUUAUUAAAAAUGACAAAAUAUAAUUAGACACGUUCUAUAGCUCACGCCUGUCCCAAAUCAGGCAUUAAUUUUGAGAUUUCUUGGCAAUUAUUGGCGCACACUCACGUAUCUGCUGUGUUCUCGGUGUGAAAGUACAGAACGUAAAAAUUAGCUUCGUUUUACUAGUAGCUGUAGCAUUAUAAUACGAGCACUUCUGUAAACCCGCCCCCGUCACGCUAAACCCAGAUUAGCAUUUAUAUUCACCCAGCAUUCACUUCACUUCACUUCAAUUUGGUCUUUGAUAGAAAAUCCACAAAUCAACAAAACACGUAAUUUUGUCCACAUUCCACACGACGCCGCCCUCGCGAAGUGCCCACCGGUCUCCCCCACUCGUAGAACGCACUCGGCGGGUUCGCGGCGGAAGGAAAGCGGAGAGAAAAGGACAAAACGCUCGACUCAGUUCUCAGGGAAAUCACUUAAAGAAACGAAACAAAAAAAAUAGUAGCAUAAGCAUUUAAGAUAUUGUAAAUAUUAAAGGUGUCAAUUCAAAAGAUUGUAAAGUUAUAAUUAUUUAUGAUGACUGUAUGGGGUUUUUUUCCUUACUUGUUUGUUUGUUUCUUGUUUUGUUUCUUUUUGGUUUUUAUUUUUCGGAUACUUGAAUUUGUCGCGGGCUGGAAAUGUGACAGCAGAAAGACUUUAAACAAACAUUUCUCAGGUGCACCUGUGAACUUCUUCAUUUCUUCUCUGGUUUCUUCUCGUUUUUCGGUGGGUUUUUAUUAAAACAGAAGCUUGUAAAGCGUAAAGACUUAAAAAAAAAAAAAAGGAAAGAAAGGAAGAAAAGGAAGAACGGCCGCUGAUGAGCCGACUAUGCAGAACCACUUCCUGUUUUUUUUUUUUUUUAUUAUUAAAUUGAAUCCUCUUCGGAGUGGACUGUCGUGUCGGGGGGGGGGUCGACAUGCUGCAAACUGGGACGGACUUUUGCCUUUCGACUGAUUCGUGGACGUCUCCUGAAGCCUGAACGUUGUAUGGAAGAGUCGGGAAAGGUGGGAUUGCCGAGUGGUUGCCAGGUUCAGCUGGGCAUGUUCCGAUAUCAGACGUCAUUGAAGUUUCAUAAGGGUGAAAUUCGGUCUCUUGUUAGUUCUAGUUUACACCCUAUUACAAUUAAUUUAUGGGUGAUACGACAGCGAAGUUAUUCACGUUAUUGUUCGUUUCUCACAGAUUCUUAUUAUUUGUGCAAAAUCAUCCUACACAACUUUUAGACCUUGUAAAGCAGCUACAUUAUUAAAACCACAACACGACAGUUUUACAUUUGGCGUCACCACGGUGGUUUUUAGGCUUUAAGCCCUUCCUCACGCACCCUCCUAUUUUUAUCCGGGCUUGUGACCUGCACUGAGAUCGCAACCAACGAGUGCACCUGCCAACAACUACGCUGUUUCGGCCACCUCUCCUCAGAAAUGAGUCGAUCACGUCCGUGCAGAUGCCUGAUUGGUUGAUAGCACAGCUGAGAUUAGAACCCUGGAUCCCCCAGAUCUCAGCAGUAGCACCCGAGCGCCCUCCUGUAUUUAGUUAUACUAGAUUUAAUUAAGCAUAGUAAUUCCAAGCUUGUUUCGUUCACCUCUCUUGAGAAAUUAGGCGAUCUCGUCUGUGCAGACGCCCAGUUGGUUGAUAGCAUCACUGAGAUUCGAACCCUGAAUCCCCCAGAUCUCAGCAGUAGUGGGCUAAUACCCUCCUGUAUUUAGUUAUAAUAGAUUUAAUUAAAUAUAAAUUCCAAGCUUGUUUCGUUGACCAGUUUUGUCCAGCUUUUCUUGGGUGAACGGCUUUAUCCAAAAGGACUUACAUUACAGUUACAGUAUACAGUCUGAGCAAUUGAGGGUUAAGGGCCUUGCUCAGGGGCCCAACAGCAGCAACCUGGCAGUGGUGGGGCUUGAACCAGCGACCUUCUGAUUACUAGUCCAGUACCUUACCCACUAGGCUAUGGCUUGCCCUUAUUGAGGGAGAAUUAUGGGAGAUCUAAGCAGACAACAGUUUAGUUUCACUUAACCAGAAAUUGCAGCUUCCUCGGCCUCCUUCGGCUCAGUAAAUAUUUAGAUAUUAUUAUUUAGAGACGCUGAAUAUCGGAACACGCUUGGACUGAUCACGUGAACGAGGACCUUGGUCGGUCCUUGGACGGUCACUCGGUGAAUCACAAACACACGUGGAUGGCGGCUUCGUACGAGGACACUCCAGCUUCAGUCGCUUUUUUAAUAUAAACGUUCUCUCCCGGUUCCUUCCUCAAACCUGCAGCCACUAAACUGAACCCUCACACGGACCCCGAUCCGGAGAGCAGAGAGACCUGUUCCUUUUUUUAUAAUUUUUGCAGACGUGGGGAAAUUCGCCUUGGUUUCUUUUCCCGAGCUCUGCAGGAACGACGGUAGCUGCCUGGUCCGGAAACUCGAACCAAUCAAGCGUCUUCUGUAGCCUCGCCCCGCUGUUCCGGCGUCGCGUCGGGAACGGAAGGAACUCCCGUGGCUUCGAUUAUUUUGAUAAUUUUUUCUCUCCCAUGACUCUCUCCGUGUCUGUGUUGACUGUACCAGUGUUCUGAUCUGUCCCUAGAGUUUAGAAGGAAAAUAAUAAUAAUAAUAAUGAUGAUAAUAAUAAUCGCUGGUAGAGAUUGUUCACUAGUUCAUCUACUGUUUGAGUUCUGUUCUUAUUUUCUCUUGAUCUUCUUUCAUUUUUAAUUUAAGGGAAUAAAAGUGUUGGUCACCUCUCUCCGUGCUACUGAAUUAUGAAAAAGGUAUCCAGUAUUUGUUGCCACAAAAGUAUAGUUCCAGACUUUUUUUUUGGGUUUGUUUUUUUGUGCAACCUCUUGAGCUAAUGUCUAUAAACAAAAAUUUAUUACUAUUUAUGUAAUGCUACUACCAUUUUAUAUGAUUUGUGUUGAAUUUCAGUGCUUUUCUAUGAAUAAAGUGUGAAACACGU